AUGGCUGAAUCAACAAGCAACCAAAAGCCCUUCGACAUUGCCAUCGUCGGCGGUGGUAUCGCUGGUCUCACUCUUGCCAUUGCUCUUCACCGUCGCAACAUCCCCGUCGUCCUCUAUGAACGAGCUGAUGAUUUUCACGAGAUUGGAGCUGGAGUCUCAUUCACACCUAAUGCUGUGCAGGCGAUGAAGGUCUGCCAUCCUGGUGUCCACGAUGCUUUCCACAAAGUAUGCACCUGGAACGCCUGGGAAUCUAAGAAGGAGACUUGGUUCGACUUUCUAGACGGCACUACCGAAGAGGACAAGACUGAGUUCAGCAUUAAGACUUCUUUGGGUCAGAACGGAGUACACAGAGCUCAUUUCCUGGAUGAGCUCAUCCAUCUACUACCAUCGGAUAGAGUGCAGUUCGGCAAGCAGAUCGAGGAGGCACAUGAGGAUUCCGAUGGCAAGAUCCGCAUGACCUUUUCUGAUGGUUCAACGGCACACGCCGAUGCUUUGAUCGGUUGCGAUGGUAUCGGAUCUCACGUCCGAAAGUUCAUCGUGGGAGACAACCACCCAUCUGCCCGACCACAAUAUUCUCACAAGUACGCUUACCGUGGUCUUAUCCCUAUGGACAAGGCGAUUGAGGCUGUGGGUGAGGAGAGAGCACGAAAUGCGUGCAUGCAUAUGGGACCCGAUGGACAUAUCCUGACAUUUCAAGUGAAUCAUGGUGAGAAGCUGAACAUUGUCGCUUUCCGCACUGAUCCGCAUGAGUGGGACAACCCCAGAAAGAUGACAAAAACUGCUCAUCGACAAGACGCUCUUGAUGAUUUCAAGGGAUACAACAGUCAAGUGCGAAAUCUCUUGAAGCUCACAGAAGAGACUCUCAGUGUCUGGGCAAUCUUCGACACAGGCGACAACCCCAUCCCUACCUUCUACAAGGGCCGGAUAGCCAUUCUCGGUGACGCAGCUCACGCCUCAAGUCCUCACCACGGCGCAGGAGCCGGAUUCUGUAUCGAAGACAGCGCCGUCAUGGCAGAGCUACUAGCCGACAAGCGGGUGCAGACUCACUCAGACCUUGAAGCUGUGUUUGCAGCAUUUGAUGCCGUGAGAAGGGAGAGGACACAAUGGCUUGUGCAGAGCAGCAGAUUUAUCGGCGAUGCUUAUGAGUGGCGAGCAAAGGGUGUAGGAAAGGAUUUCGUUGGCAUUGAGAGGGAAAUUAAUGAGAGGAUCACCAAAAUUUCGGAUGUUGAGAUUGCGAGAUCUUGCGAGAUGGCCUGGGAGAAGUUUGGCGAGAAACAAGGUUGA